AUGGCCACCACCUACAUUUUGGCUUUGGCUCUCACAAGCAUCGCAAUAGCAUCUCCAUUAGCCACUAUCCCAUCAGUGGACGUACAUUCUCUUUUUACCAGGACUUCUUGUUCUGUAACCGGAUCUGCGUCUUGUACAAACACGACUGCACAAUCCAAUCUGUGCUGUUUUGAAUACCCUGGAGGACAACUUUUACAGACUCAAUUUUGGGACUUCAACCCAAGCACCGGACCCUCCGAUAGCUGGACAAUCCAUGGGCUUUGGCCCGACCAUUGCGACGGGACAUAUGACUCUAACUGCGAUCCUUCGCGAGCAUACACGGACAUUUCAACCAUUUUAACCAAUGGCGGGGCUAGUGACAUUUUGAACUACAUGAAGUCUUACUGGUUAGACAUUAACGGAAACCAUGAAAGUUUCUGGGCCCAUGAGUGGGGCAAACACGGAACCUUACACUCAAACCCGCCUGCAUCUCUUCACUCUCCCAACGUACGAUUUCUUGGGGCGGCAGGAAUCUAUCCGUCUUCAACUGCGACAUACACCCUAGCUCAGAUUAAUGCCGCUGUCAAGGCUAAAUGGGGCUAUACACCUGCACUUGACUGUACAAGUGGCUCCCUGAACGCGAUCUCUUAUUACUACCAUCUGAAGGGAUCUAUUAUUGAUGGGGCUCUUGUCCCUAUAGACGCUCCAAAGGCUGGCACUUGUGGAUCUACUGGUAUCAAAUAUCCCAUUAAAGGCGGAUCUAAUACUCCUACUACAACCGCAACUGCCCCCACUGGAACUAGUACUGCUAUUCCUACCAAGGCUACCAUAGUCGGAGUUACUUCUUCGGGAACUCAGACCGGCUGCUUACUCACAGCGGGGACAUGGUCUGUUCAGACUUGUGCGACAUACACCAUCACGAAUGUCUCGGGAGGAUUCACGCUCAAAACUUCAAAAGGCUUUUGUGAAGUUAGUGGAGGGGCACUCAGCUGUAGUAGUUCCGUUUCCAAUGGGGCAGUUUUCACAUCCUCUGGCGGGCUCCUCGCGUACAGCGGAUCAACCGCUUUCACGGGUGACUCAGUGCCUAGUGGUACCGCGCAAGUAAUUAUCUAUACCGGUAGUUCACACGCACAAGACAUCACAUUCAAAAUUGUUUCGUCAUGA